UUUUAGGUGUGCCUGGAAUAAAACUAAAACUAGAUAACAUCGAUGAAGGAACAGAAUAUCCUGAGAUGUAUGCCGUGAUUGGUACAACAGUUUCACUCCCUUGCAAUUUAAGUCCACCUUCUCCAGAUGACACUAUCAAGACCGUGUUGUGGUUCCGACCAGAGAUCCGAAAUCCCAUCUACACCUUAGACGCAAGGAGUGCCACAGCAGCCCAUGAUGCUACCCAUUUUGCUAGUAAGGUUUUAGGUAACAGAGGUCGCUUUAAUAUUAGCACUCAGAGACCAAGUGCUGCUUCACUAACGUUAGAAAAUGUGCGAGAAGAAGAUGCCGGGGAUUAUCGCUGCCGUGUAGAUUUCCGCAGAGGAAGAACGCAUAGCAGCAACGUUAAGCUCAAUGUUAUUGUGCCUACAAACAAAAUGGUGAUAAGAGAUAAGGAAAACAAAACCUUAUCAGGAACCAUUGGUCCUUAUAGAGAAGGUGCCUCACUUGCUCUUACUUGCGAAGCUUUCGGAGGACGUCCUUUGCCCUCUGUCACGUGGUGGCGAAAUGGUAAGGACCUGUUGGAUGGAACCUUUGAACCAGACACGGACAAAGGAGUGGUCAGGAACGAGCUUUCUAUUGAAAGUCUCAAACGAGACGAUCUGCUCACAGAACUUACUUGCCAAGCUUCUAACACCAACCUCACAUCACCUGCUGCUGCUUCUGUCAACCUUGAUAUAAACUGUAAAAAUCAGUUUUAUAUUUAUGACAUGUAUCCAGAGCGCUCUAUUGUCCUCUUUGUUCCAGUAAAUCCUACAGACGUCCAAAUCAUUGUCCCCCAGGGAACCAUUUCUGCUGGGGAAAGAAUGGAAGUAGUGUGUCAGAGUAAAGGCUCUCGCCCACCAGCUAAAAUCACUUGGUGGAAAGAUGGAAAGGACUUGAAGCGAUACGCGACAGAGGAAGUGGUAGAAGAUGUCACCAUCAGCAAGCUAUUCAUCAUACCGUCGAGUGAAGACAACGAUAAAAUCUUAACCUGCAGAGCCGAGAACCCAGAUAAUGCCGAUAGUGCCUUAGAAGAUCAGUGGAUUCUAAAUGUUCACUACGCUCCUGUUUUGACAGUUACUUUUGGUCCCAGCCAGCAGCAUGAGCACAUACGAGAAGGUAGUGACGUGUAUUUUGAAUGCAACGCGAUGGCAAAUCCUCCUGUUUCUGACUUUAAAUGGCGCUUCAAAUCUAAACCACUUUUCCAUGAUACUACCAAAGGAAUACUCCUAAGAAAUCAAUCUUUGGUUCUUCAGAACGUCCGAAGAAAUCAAAGAGGGCCUUACAUGUGUUUGGCCUCCAACACAGAGGGAGAGAGCGUUAGUGAUGAAGUCAAUCUUAGAGUUCAAUUCUCCCCCUUUUGUGCGAAGGGACAAAAGACUGUUUACGGUGUUGCAAGACAUGAAGAAGCAAACGUAAGUUGUGCAGUGGAAGCUGAUCCUCCAGAAGUUCAAUUUAGGUGGACGUUUAACAACAGUCUAACAGAAACGAUAGAUAUUCAGUCUUUUAGCAACGAUGGUGGUUCGAGGAGUAUAGCAAGAUAUAUUCCUCGCACAAGACUUGAUUACGGAGCUCUUUACUGUUUCGCGAAAAACGUCGCCGGCGUCCUGAAAGAACCGUGUGUUUUUACCAUUGUACCAACGGGUCCCCCAGAACCAGUCCAAAAUUGUUCCAUUACAAACCAGACAUCAUCUGUUUUGAUGCUAACAUGUGACGCUGGAGAUGAUGGCGGGUUACAGCAAACAUUUCAUUUAGAAGUGUACAGUAUGUCGGCAGAACAGCUAAUAGCAAACAUAACUACCACAGAAAUUCCAGUAUUUUUAGCGGAUAAACUGAGCUCAAGUUCUUCGUACAUUUUAGUUCUGUAUGCUUCAAAUGCAAAAGGAAGAAGCACUUCUGUAGCCUUGACGGCUAGAACGCUUUUCUCCGCUGAACCUAGAACAAGUGACACUCAGCCAGUGACCAUUAGUGCGGUCCUUGUGGUUCUGAUGGGCACAGUAGGAGCUCUAGUUUUCUUGGCAAUAAUCAUUAUUUUGAUUAUGAAAGCUCGUGGGGACAGACGAGGAAAAAAUGAAGAUAAGACCUCCGAAGAAAAAACUCCAACUGGUUCUGAGAAUGUAUUUGAAGCAAAACAGCCAGACAUGUAUUCAAAAAACUAUCAGACAGAAUACGUUGAUCUGACUCCAAACACAAGAACAGAAAGGAUAUAUGAAAGCUUGGGAGACUGCAAGGAAUACACGUAUGAAAAUGUCAUACACAAAGCUCAUUAUCCAACGAAUGCGAAUGUUCACAACCACCAUUCAUUGCCAGCCUUGGUCUCCAGAUGACACACGGAUGAAUGUUGAAGAUGUUGGUUACCAUCGCAAGUCCAAGUGUUGGAAAUAAAAAGGAGCGUUAUGGUUUCUCUUCUCAAUCUUUUUUUAAAUGUGACUAUUGUUAGAAAUUGACCUGAAAAAGACUGAAGAGGAAUCUUGCUUCUUAAAAAUGUACUAAAGAAAAAGAAAUCUGAACAAAGUGACAAUGAAAGUGUCUCACAGAUGUAACAAACUGAAUGUUGUGAUUGUUGUUGCUAUUUAUUUUCUGUAUUUAAUGGCAACUGAAGUCUUCCCAGAAGGCCAUAUUACUAUAGAACAUGUGGAUUUUUAUAUAAAUGCUGAACAUAGAUGAAUUUUUAAAAUUGUUGAUUUUCACAAGAAGAUUUAUAUGGGCUUGAAGAGUAAACAACAUUAUUUUGAACAAUGGUGCUAGUUAGUGACAGAUGAUUUGGAGAAGUGCAUGAAAGUAAUUAUUUAAUCAAAGUUUCAAAGAACAGUGAUUUUUUUAAAAAGAAAAUUGUUUCUUUUUCUCUGUUUUGUUCAUGUGUCAUUGCGUAUUACUGUAUGUUCAAUGAAUUGCCAUGCCAUAUGUUUGAUUUACUAUUUGUAAUUAAAUGUAUUUUUUC